AUGUCUGAGAAGUUUGUUCAUGCUUUUUUGAAUCAUGGUGAACAUUUUUCUGCGUCUCGUGUUAAUACUUUAAUCACCGUUGAUGAAUUGAAGCAUUUUGCAUGUAAGCAGUGGAGGUCUUUGUCCCCUUUGAGUAUACGUUUUUCCUAUAUGGAUACUAAUCAAGUAGUUUUUAUACAAGGUGAUAUACAACUUCUAAAUUUAGUUACUCUUGUUAUUCAGAUGAACAAUGAAGAUUUCUAUUUGAAUGUUGAUGUGAUUCCGAAGCAUACUGGUUGUAGCACUAGUUCAAGGUCUUUGUCUCGUUCUAAUUAUGGUUGUAGCAGUAGUUCUGGUGCUAGUACUUCAAACUCUUGUGUAAGUGAAAGUCCUAAGCUUGUAAGGGUGGUCGAUCAUGACGCGGACAAGGCCAAGCCUCUCAUUAUCGAUGAAUGGGGUUAUGUUUUUGACAAUAUUGGUAGAGAAUUUGUGGGUGGUGUUAAAGCUGUAAGGAUUGUUGUUGAUCAAUACAAGAUGUGUACUGGUUACAAGAUUCUUAUUCUUAAAAACGACAAGACUCGUUUUACUGCGAAGUGCGAAGAAGAUGGUUGUGGUUGGAGGAUUCACUUUGGGCCUGUGAAUGGUGACAUUUCUCGGUUUUUUCUGAAAUAUUCUAACGUUAUUCACAGUAUACAGGGUGAUCCCACUUUAAAACCCAAACAGAUCAUGUCACUAUUUAAGAAGACUUAUGGGUCCAAUAUUAAGUAUCACCAUGCCCGUAGAGGGAAAGAAGCUGUAUUUGAAGAUCAAUAUGGUGACGACGAGAAGUCGUAUAGCGAUUUAAAUUGCUAUAGGUAUAUCAGGCCCAUGAUUUACUUGGAUGCUACUUUCCUCAUUGGUAGAUUCAGGGGUACUUUGAUGGCUGCAACAUGUGUCAAUGGAAAUGAUGGUUUUUACCCAUAUUCCUUUGAUAUUGUUUUAUCUGAAAACAAAGACAAUUGGUUUUGGUUUCUGGAUAAUCUUCAACAAUGCAAUCUCCCUAUUGGAAAAGGUGAUGCGAAUUACAAUGCCGUUAUUGAUUUGUUUUACAAAGCUUCUUACUCUUACACAGCAGAGAACUUUGAAGAAGCUUUGCGGGGCAUGCAUGCAAUUGGUUGUGGACAUGUUGCUAAUUAUCUCAGGACCAUUCCAAAGGAGAAAUGGGCAAAUGCAUUUUUCCAUGUAUGCAGAUAUGCUGCUCACUCUUCAUCUAUUGCCGAGUCAUUCAAUAACUGGAUUCUUGAGUUCAAAAAGUUGCCUGAUUUUUCUCUUCUCGAUGCGAUACGUUUGAAGGUUAUGCAGAUUAAUUCUAAGAGAAGGGUAGAAGGUCUUGAAAAUUUUAACACUAGGCUCACUCCCGUAUACGAGGAUUUACUAAACGAGAACAUCAACAUUGGUCGUACUUGGACUGUUGUUGAGUCUAUGGAAAGAUUGUAUGAAGUCAGGUCUCCCCGCACUCAUUCUGUAGAUUUGUUGGAGAGAACUUGUACGUGUCACAGGUGGCAAGACAUACCAAUCCCCAAUUAUGACAAGCCGCAGUCUUAUGAUCCUAGUGAUAGGAUUAUUGUUCCUAUUCUUGUGCCUCCACCCGGUAGACGAAGAGAACAGUGUUUCAAGAAGUCUUGGGAGAAGCAAAAGAGGCCUAUGAUGUGCACAAAGUGCUUCACUCUUGGUCACCACAACAGAGCUACCUGCCCCAUGCCUUGA